GGUCUUUUCCUGUAGUGAUAAUACCCAAGAAGGCUGGGGGGAUUCGCAUUUGCAUUGGUUAUCGAAAGUUGAAUGAUAUCACGAUUAAAGAUGUGUAUCCCCUCCCCCGGAUUGAUGAGUUAUUGGAUGCGAUUGGGAGUGCUCGAUUUUUCAGCAAGUUUGAUGUUCGUCAUGGGUUCCAUCAUCUUCUUGUCUGAGAGGAAGAUCGACCGAAAACAGCGUUUGUGCUUUUCGAAGGCACGUGGCAAUGGAUGUCCGAUGGGGAUUUGCAAUGCACCUGCCACGUUUCAGCGAGCGAUGAACUUGACAUUCCAGAAUUUCGUCAACAAGACACGGCUGACGCAAGGGAUGAUCAACUUCUGUGUGAUCGUGUACAUGGACGACAUCCUGGUCUAUUCGGAGACCUAUCACGGGCACGCGCAACACAUCGAGUGGACAUUGGGCGCACUAAGAGAUGCUGGGUUCAAGAUUGCGCUCGAGAAGAGCGAAUUUUUCCUCUCGGAAAUUUCGUUCUUGGGCUACGUCGUGACACGUGGAGGAUUGCGUCCGGACUCGAGAAAAGUUGUGGCGGUGAAGGAAGCCCCAGUUCCCACGUCACUGACGCAGGKUCGAGCCUUCUUGGGGCUGGCGUCGUACUACCGGCGCUUCAUCAAGGGCUUUGCCGCGAUUGCACGACCGCUAACGAAUCUGUUACGGAAGGACCAGCCUCUCAGCUGGGACGCGGAGUGCCAGCAGGCCUUUGCAACCCUCAAAGACGCUCUGGCAACGGCCCCUAUUUUGAUUCGGCCGGACCCCUCGAAGCAGUUCAUUCUCAUCACAGACUGGCAACCGGAAGCUAUUUCCGCUAUUUUAGCACAGAAGGGGAACGGUCGCGAACACGUCAUCGAGUACGCGUCUCAAACCGUACCGGACGAACGAAGAAACGACUUCACACCUCAAGGCGAGUGCUAUGCGGUAGUUUGGGGAAUCCAACACUUCCAUCCGUAUCUCUACGGACAUAAGUUUCGCCUCGUAACGGAUCACGAGCCUCUGCUGGCGAUGAAGAAACUCACCAACUACACGGGCAUGAUUGGCCGUUGGGCGGUGCGACUACAAGAAUACGACUUCGAUAUCGUCCAUCGAAAGACAAAGCGGCACGGCAACGGGGACGGGCUCACACGUCUGCACCGACCUGUCAAGGUACCAAAGGGCGAGGAAAUUACACCGUGGAAAGAGUCGGACUUGACCAACGAGCCGAAAUACGGACAAGUGGCAGUUCUCCCACGUGGCAAGAAGCAAAACGGUGGCGAUGGGUGAUGGAGGUAACCCCACUACCCCUCUUUCUCCCCCUUCCUCCUCGUCUCUCCUCUCCCUGCCUGACAAAUUUUGCUAUUUUUGUGAAGCUAUCUCCCGCGUAUACGCGGUC